GUUGACUUCCUUUGACAGUGUAGCGCUGAGGAAGCAACGCCCACUACGUGUGACUUGUUACGUACCAUCGCUCAGACAACACACAGCAUGCAAAACGCUCAGUCGCAAUAAUGGCGAGAUUAAGCGAGCAUGGGAUUCGCCUCAGUUCCAUGAGUCCUUCCUUCCUGAACAGCAACUCUACAAGUCACACCUGGCCCUUCAGCGCGGUGGCAGAGUUAAUAGACAAUGCAUUAGAUCCUGGUGUCCUAGCUAAACAGAUCUGGAUUGAUGUAUUGGAGGAAGCUGGUCACCUGUGUCUAACCUUCACCGAUAAUGGUAGCGGCAUGACCCCCCACAAACUGCACAAGAUGCUCAGCUUUGGUUUUACAGAGAAGGGUUCAGGUAAGGCCAGUCAGCAGGCAAUCGGCGUGUAUGGGAAUGGUUUCAAGUCUGGUUCCAUGCGUCUGGGCCGCGACGCGCUCAUCUUCACCAAGAAUGGUGGCUGCCAGACUGUUGGAAUGCUGUCUCAGACCUACCUGGAAAACAUCAAGGCCCAAGCCGUCAUUGUCCCCAUUGUUCCCUUCAACCAACAAACCAAGUCUCUGGUGGUGACCGAGGACUCGGAGGCCAGCCUGGCAGCCAUCCUCCAACACUCCAUCCUCACCUCCCAGGAGCAGUUACAUGCACACUUUGACUCCAUACUCUCAAAAAAAGGCACCAAGAUAUUAAUCUGGAAUAUCCGCAGGGCCAAAGAUGGCAAGCCAGAGAUCGACUUUGAGAGCGAUGUGAGUGACUUCCGUUUGCCCGAGAUUCAGAUUGAGGAGCUGAAGAAAGGUCUGAGGAACAGUGGAUCCCUGAGAGCCGAACAUGACAUCCCAGAGAUGCACUACAGUCUUAGGGCCUACCUCAGUAUAUUGUAUCUGAAGCCGAGGACACAGAUUAUACUGAGGGGGAAGAAGAUUCAGGCUAAGCUGGUGUCAAAGAGGCUGACACACAUUGAGCAUGACGUGUACAAACCCCACUUCAGUAAAGAGAAGGUGAAGGUGACCUUUGGGCUAAACCCAAAAAACAAAGACCACUAUGGCAUCAUGAUGUACCACAGGAACCGACUCAUCAAAGCCUAUGAGAAAGUGGGCGGCCAGCUGAAGGCUUCAGGUCAAAGAGCAGGAGUUGGCGUCAUUGGUAUCAUUGAGUGUAACUUUCUCAAACCUGCCCACAACAAGCAAGACUUUGAAUACACCAAAGAAUACAGACUCACCCUUGGUGCUUUGGGCCUAAAACUGAACGACUACUGGAAAGAGGUGACGGAGAAGAAGGCCAGAGAACGAGAGUUUCAGGCUCUAGAAAGAGAUGAAAAUGAAGCCCAGCAUGAUGCUGACGAGGGUCCCACAUGGUUACAGUGUGAAGAGUGCCUGAAGUGGCGAAAGGUCCCUGCAAGUCAUUACAAUGUGCUACCUGAAAGCUGGAACUGCAGCCAGAACCCCAAUCCACGUUACAGAAGCUGCUUUUCACCAGAGGAAGCAGAAGACAGCGAGGAACUGUUAACACCCAGCUACCAGAAAAACCACAAGAAACCAGAGCAUCCCAAAAGCAGAAAACGAGAAAAAUCACUGGAGGUGUGUGAGUUCCAGAACAAAGUGGCUGAACAUCAAAUCCUCUCUCGCAGUUCAUCAGAGCCAAGCCAGCCUACCUUCCAGCACACACACAUGCCUGAUCACAUAAGAACAGCAGGUCGAUGCCACACAGAGGAAAACACACCCGAGCAGACAAGCACAGAUCACCUGGCACAUCAUCAUACAGACACACACAUAUAUGAUGAUGCACAUAGAGUGUCACACACGCAACAAAAGCCCGUUAAAAGAGGCACAGUCAUUAAAGACAAGACACAAGUCACACAUGUGGAAAAUGAGACAAAUGAUCUCAGCCUUGAAGAUAAAGAUAGAGACAAAAUAAAAGACACAACAAUGAAGCCGUUGGAAAGAGAAGAUAACAACAAAUUAAGCCACAAAAGGAAGUCGGAAUCCUUAUUUUACUGUGUGAAAAAGAAGCCAUGUCUUUCGGAGGGUCAAGAGCCUUCCUCAGAAGUCGAGCCACUAUCCUUGGAGAAGAUCAAGCAAGACAGUAGCGGCCGAGUCAAGAAACCAAGUGACGCGGCUCAGCGAACCCCCACCUGCCUCACCUGGACCCACUCACUCCCCUGUACCCAGACUGUGAUGGUAUCUCCUCUGAGUCGAACAGAAGGGCAAUCGAGCAGACCACUGCCUCCAGAAGGUAGUGACCGGGAAGCGAAUGUGCAGAAGCUGGCUGGGUUGGAGAAAGAGGUGCAGAGGCUACACAGGCUUCUAGGUCUGGAAGUCACAAAGACAUCUCAAGGCACCAUGACAACUGCUGAUAGCAGUGCUAAACAGCCAAUACGAGGGCUGGUGACUCCGCCAGCAUCCACAGCAAGUAGAGAGGUCGCCUGCCAGACAGAGGUGGCUGAGAGCUGUACUUCAUCCAGCAGCCCGGCCCGGGCCCCAGGAUGUCAGGAGGUGGUGGUCCUGGGUGCGAGAGCUGUGUGUGUUCCCAAAGAGCAGGCUGAGCAGAACAUGCCUAAGAAGAAGACAGAAACUCCGAGCAGGACGAGAGUCAGUGACAGCGAGGCCUGUGAAGACAGCAGAUCUUCACAGGAGAAUCUGCGCACCAUUCGUAACAACGUGGUGGCGCUUCUCACUGUCCUCCUGCCCCAACUGGACCUGACCGGCAUCAGCCUGGACACCUCCGACGUGGACAACAUCCUGCAGCAGAUCAUAGAGGUCAACUCGUUGAAACUAUCACCAGUACUGUUAUAAAAUCCAGCAAAUUUCUGUCAGAGGUUGCCUUGUUUUUCCUUUUAUUUUUAUGCAAAAUUUGAGUUGGAAUUUUUUGGAAUUUUUCUGUUUUUGUUAUAAGUAUAAUU